AGCUGGAUUUCUCCGCCCUUCGCGCUGCGGAAUUUCCCCCGAGAAGUUACAGUUAUGGCUCCAUCUACUCCAGGCCCAGUUCAGAUAGUGCAAGUGGAAAAGGAUGAACACUCUUUCCAGCUGGAUGAGGAAGCUUUGGCCUCAGUGCUUCUUCAGGAGCGCAUUCGGGAUUUGGAUGUCGUGGUUGUAUCUGUGGCUGGUGCUUUCCGCAAAGGAAAAUCCUUUCUGUUGGAUUUUAUGCUGAGAUACGUCUACAGCCAGAAGGAGGAGAGCACUGGGAAUUGGUUGGGGAAGGAAGAUGACCCGCUAACUGGCUUCUCCUGGAAGGGUGGCUCAGAACCUGACACCACAGGUAUUCAGAUCUGGAGUGAGGUCUUCACCAUGAAGAAACCAGAUGGUAAAGAGGUAGCAGUAGUGCUUAUGGAUACACAGGGGGCAUUUGACAGCCAAUCUACAGUGAAGGACUGUGCUACAAUUUUUGCUUUGAGUACAAUGACAAGUUCCAUCCAGAUCUACAAUUUAUCCCAGAAUAUUCAGGAAGAUGAUCUUCAGCAGCUGCAGCUUUUCACAGAGUAUGGACGGCUGGCUAUGGAUGAAAUUUUCCUGAAACCCUUUCAGACCCUGAUGUUUUUGGUUAGAGACUGGAGCUUCCCUUAUGAAUACCACUAUGGAGCAGAUGGAGGAAUGAAAUUCUUAGAAAAGAGAUUACGGGUUAAAGACCACCAGCAUGAAGAGAUACAGAAUGUGCGCAAACACAUACACUCCUGUUUCACCAAUGUGAGCUGCUUUCUGCUUCCCCAUCCUGGACUCAAAGUGGCUACAAGCCCUCAGUUUGAUGGUCGUCUGAAAGAUAUUGCAUCAGAGUUUACAGAACAGCUUAGCGCUCUGAUCCCUCUUGUCCUAGGCCCUGGAAGCCUGAUGGAAAAGGAGAUUAAUGGUUCAAAGGUGACCUGUAGGGGGCUGCUUGAAUACUUUAAGGCCUACAUUAAAAUUUAUCAAGGUGAAGAUUUACCUCAUCCCAAAUCCAUGCUGCAGGCCACAGCAGAAGCCAAUAACUUAGCAGCUGUAGCUUCAGCUAAAGACUUGUACAACAGCAGCAUGGAGCAGAUCUGUGGAGGGGACAAACCGUAUGUAUCCCCUGAUGUUCUACGUGAUCGCCAUGCUAUUUGCAGCCAGGAGGCUCUGGCUCAUUUUGAUCGUGCCAAGAAAAUGGGUGGUGUGGAGUUUAGUCAACAAUAUCGAGAGGAGCUGUUUAAAGAUUUGGAGGAGAUCUACACUGCUUUCUGCAAACACAAUGAAAGCAAAAAUAUCUUUACUGCUUUCCGCACGCCUGCAGUGCUUCUUGCACUGGUGGUUGUAUCUUAUAUGACAUCCGGUGUCACAGGCUUUAUCGGGCUAGUAAUCGUUGCACAACUAUGCAACUGUGCAACAGGUCUGCUACUCAUCUCUCUUCUCACAUGGGGCUUCAUCAAAUACUCUGGACAGUAUAGAGAGCUUGGGGGAGUCAUAGAUUCCACCGCAGAUUAUGUGCUUGAAAAGGCUACCACUGUCAUGGACAACUCAUCCCGCCGUAUUGCUGUUGGUACCGCUGGAGCCCCUUCUGAAAAGAAGAAACAGAAGUAGCAGACACAUGGGCGAAGCAAGAGAACUAUGCUGUAUCUCCACCACUCUUGCAUUCUUGGUAUUCCAUUGCAAAAAUUCCUAUCAAGCACAGCUACAACCGUUCCAGUGAGGUGUCACCUACUUGCCCAUUACAGCAUAAUUUGCCAGCCAAUAGAUAAAUAUGAACUUAUUGCACAAUAUUUUCUCAAGUUACAUAUUCCCUGUUAAAUCU